AUGCGCGAAUGUGUAUAUAAUGCUGGCCUCUUAACUACAUUAAACUCUGCCAACCUCGAGUUUAUUACUGAACCGGAAACAGUUGUUUUACGUUGUUGUAAUGUUGUUAAGGAUCAUAAUCUUCGUUCUGGAGUAAGCGAAUUUAGUUAUCUUUUGAGUAGAGUAAGAGGAGUCUUUAUAGAUCAAGUUUCGAUUACUGUUGUACCAGCUUUGUCAACGGCAGUAGCUGCUAGAGGUGCUAUAACAUAUGGAUCAAACGUUGAGAGAACGUUCUUAAAUGGACUUAUGGGGAAGUUUUUCAAAGUUUGGUUGCGUGUAAAGAAAAGAAAAAUGGAAAAUCGAUUACUCUAUAGUUAG